GGAAGGGAGGAAAACAUGGUCCAGCUGCCUGGGGGGAAAGUACAAACCUGGACCAGCUUAAGAGACAGUAAAAAUGGAGAGAGCCCCCCCCGCACAAAGGUCGGUCCCUUCCUGAUGGACAAAUAUCCCGUCACCAACAGAGAUUUCCGGGAGUUUGUGAAAGAGCGGAAAUAUAAAACGGAAGCCGAGGGCUUUGGCUGGAGCUUCGUCUUUGAGGAUUUUGUACCAGACAAUUUGAAGAAGAAAGUGACGCAGAAGCUGGAGUCUGCUCCGUGGUGGCUUCCGAUCGAGAAAGCAUUUUGGAGGCAGCCCUCAGGGCCCGGAUCCGGCAUCAAGGACAAGCUAGACCACCCUGUCCUGCAUGUCAGCUGGAAUGACGCCCGGGCCUUCUGCGCAUGGAGAGGGAAGCAUCUUCCGACCGAAGAGGAAUGGGAAUUUGCCGCCCGCGGAGGCCUGAAGAACAGGUUGUAUCCUUGGGGGAACAAAUUCCUGGCCAACCGGACAAACCUAUGGCAGGGCGCCUUCCCCGGUGGCGACACAUCCGAAGAUGGCUACCACGGCGUCUCUCCGGUAGCUGCAUUCCCACCACAGAACCACUACGGGUUGUAUGAUAUGCUCGGAAAUACCUGGGAGUGGACAGCAUCGGCGUAUCGUCCAAGCGGGGCUGGACCCCAGCAAUCCGCUCAAGACAUGCGCGUUCUGCGGGGAGCAUCGUGGAUCGACACAGUGGACGGCUCAGCCAACCAUAAGGCAGAGGUCACCACAAGGAUGGGGAAUACUCCCGAUUCGGCCUCCGAUAACCUGAGUUUCCGUUGCGCUGCUGAUCUUCUUCCCAAGCAGACUGGCUCAGAAACAGCGAGCAAGAAAACAGAACUGUGAACAAGGGAAACUUUCCAAGCCACUUGCAGAGGCUGGUUCCUUGUGAAAAGGAGAUCCGGGAAAUGUCCUUUCUAUGGAACCAAUGUGAACCAAAGGAUACUGGAAAACCUCCAUUUGGUUUUAAGCCGAGUGCAGGAAAAGUAACUUCCAAGCACCAAGUCAAAAAAUUUGGGGUGCUUUUACUGUUGGCUUGUUUUGGUAACAAGGACACCAGAGAGUUACAUUUGAAGUGACCCAGCAAAUAAAAGCAGAAUUGUUGGAAUCCUAUAUCACCUUUUACUUAUUGGAAAUGGUUACUAGUUACUUCCUCAAUGUCCUUUGUUUUAGAGGCAUUUUCAGUUGAAUUUGUCGGGUAAAGAGGCCAUUUCCAAUCAAUAAAGCACAUUUAUUGAGGCUUAA